AGGUGGAGAGUGUAUAUCGAGACGAUUAUAUCAAAAUGCGAUUAAGUGUAGAUGGUUUGUUAGUUUACUUCCCAUACGAGUAUAUUUACCCGGAACAGUAUGCAUAUAUGCUGGAACUCAAACGAACACUUGAUGCAAAAGGUCAUUGUUUGUUGGAAAUGCCUUCAGGUACAGGCAAGACGGCAACACUUUUGUCACUCAUUGUUGCCUAUAUGAUCGAGAAUCCUCACAUUAUUCGUAAAUUGAUCUAUUGUUCUCGUACCGUACCUGAGAUUGAAAAAGUCAUCGCUGAGUUACAAAAUCUUAUGGAAUAUUAUAAAAAGAAUGCACCUGAAAUGCCAGACAUUACAGGAGUAGUCUUGAGUUCACGUAAGAAUAUGUGCAUUCAUCCUGAAGUUAGUCGUGAGAAAGAUGGAAAAGUUGUCGAUGCGAAAUGUUAUGGAUUGACAGCAAGUUACGUUCGUGAACGACAACAGUAUGAUGAGAAUCAAGAAGCCUGCCAAUAUUUUGAAGGAUUCAAUGCAGAAGGAAAGGAAUCACAUUUACCAGCAGGAGUUUAUAGUCUCGAUGACUUAAAAGAGUACGGAAGACAACGAAAUUGGUGUCCUUACUUCUUAUCACGUUUUGCCAUCGUUCAUGCUCAAGUUGUUGUUUACAGUUAUUAUUACUUACUUGAUCCCAAAGUAGCUGACGUUGUUUCGAAGGAAUUGGCAAAAGAAUCUGUCGUUGUAUGUGAUGAAGCUCACAACAUUGAUAAUGUUUGUGUGGAUUCAAUGAGUGUGAAGAUUAACAAGCGAGUUAUUGAACGAGGCUCACAAUCAUUGACACAUUUAGAGAAACUCGUAAGUGAGAUGAAGGAAGAUGACCAGAAACGUCUUCAAGAUGAAUACGCUCGAAUGGUUCAAGGAUUACGCGAUACAUAUCAAGCUCGUGAAACUGAUCGAAUGUUAGCAAAUCCCGUUCUUCCCGAUGACAUUCUCCGUGAGGUUGUUCCUGGAAAUAUUCGUCAUGCCGAUCAUUUCCUAGGCUUUCUUAGUCGCUUCAUUGCUUAUCUCAAAACACGAUUGAGAGUUCAACACGUCGUGCAAGAAAGUCCAGCAGGUUUCCUUAAAGAUAUUCAUACAAAAGUUUUAAUCGAUCGAAAACCGCUUCGCUUUUGUGCUGAGAGAUUGCAAUCUUUGUUGAGAACAUUGGAAAUCACAGAUUUGACUGACUAUGGUGGACUUACAGUCAUCACUUACUUCGCUACUCUUGUAUCAACCUACACGCAAGGAUUUACAAUCAUUAUCGAACCAUUUGAUGAUAAAACGCCGACAGUUUCAAAUCCAAUUCUUCACUUUAGUUGUCUCGACUCAUCAAUUGCAAUGCGACCAAUUUUCCGUCGCUUCCAAUCAGUUGUCAUCACAUCAGGAACUUUAAGUCCAAUGGACAUGUACCCAAAGAUUCUUGAUUUCGAUCCCGUUGUCAUGAGUAGCUUCACAAUGACACUUGCACGUCCUUGUCUAUUGCCGAUGAUCAUUACAAAAGGAAACGAUCAAGUUGCAAUCAGUUCAAAAUUUGAAUCAAGAGACGACACAGCAGUGAUUAGAAAUUACGGUCAAUUGUUGGUGGAAACAGCAAAGAUCGUUCCCGAUGGCAUUGUUUGCUUCUUCACAUCUUACAUGUAUUUGGAGUCUGUUGUUGCUUCAUGGUAUGACCAAGGAAUCAUCGACACAUUGCUUCGCUACAAACUUUUAUUUAUUGAAACUCAAGACGCAGCUGAAACUUCUUAUGCUUUGAUGAAUUACGUGAAGGCUUGUGAUUGUGGUCGUGGCGCGGUGUUGUUAGCUGUUGCAAGAGGAAAAGUGUCGGAAGGUGUUGACUUUGAUCAUCAUCUUGGUCGAGCUGUUCUGAUGUUUGGCAUUCCAUACGUCUACACACAAUCAAGAAUUCUUAAAGCGCGAUUGGAAUAUCUUCGCGAUCAAUUUCAAAUCAAGGAAAAUGAUUUCUUGACUUUUGAUGCACUUCGACAUGCAGCGCAAUGUGUCGGACGAGCAAUUCGUGGUAAAACUGAUUACGGCAUCAUGAUUUUCGCUGAUAAACGUUUUGUACGACAAGAUAAGCGUGGAAAGCUUCCGAAAUGGAUUCAAGAGUAUCUGACUGAUAAUUAUGUUAAUCUAAGCACUGAAGAAGGAAUGCAAUUAGCAAAGAUUUGGCUGCGACAAAUGGCACAACCAUUCACUCGUGAAGAUCAACUUGGAUUGUCACUAUUGACACUUGAACAACUGAAAAGCACUGAAAAGGAAAUUCUUGAAAAGCAAGCCAUUGGAAAGUCAGCAAAUCGUUAAUUAGUUAAAUAAACUUUCUUUUUAAUAUUCCACACAAAAAUAGAACUUUUUAAAUGACAAAUUCGAUUAUUUAAUUUCUCUCUUUCAGUUGAUUAAAUAAAAUUGUUUUAAAUGGAAGUAAGGAAAUUGUUAAUAU